GCAAGCAAGCGUCAGAUUAGUUGACUAGCAAGCUACUCCUAGUACAGGUUAGACAAGAAACAGACCAAGAAAGAAAUUACCACUACUAAAGCCUAACAGUACAAGGAAGCAGCAAGCGUAGGCCGGCCGGGAACACCGGCGGCGUGCGGCAUCCGUCGCACUCGCACAUGAAAAAAAAGGGGGAAGCAAAAGCUCACCUCCAAAGCCGCGUUCCUGUCACUCGGCCACACUUCAAUCGCAUCCAAAACAUCAAGCCGCCAUCACCACCAGUGCCGUGAUCAUCAUACACAGCAUCUCCAUCUCUGCAGGGAGUGUGUGCAAACCUGCAAGCUGCUGCAAAUUAAGGAUAGCUGUGUGCUGACAGUUCAUUUUCCUUGUGUUGUGCUGUUGUGCAAGCAACUAUUGCUCCUACUGCUGCUGUCCUGCUCUUGCUCUUGCUCUGCAGGUUGGGUUUCUUUCCUUCCUCAAUUUCUUUCACAACUCCACUGCAUUUUCCAACCUGAUCGGGUGCUGCCUUUUCAUUCUUCCCUCCUACCUCGUUGGCCACUACAUUGAGCAUCACCAUUUGGUCUCACCAUUCAUACCUGAAAACCAGUAUAUAUGUUGCAUCAGCAGCAUCAUCAAACCUGGUCUAUCUAGCUCAGUAGCUCACCUGCUUGUGUGCUUAAGCUCGUGUUUGCAGCAAACCAUGGAUGCAGACAGGGACCCCAUCUUCCCGGUGCAACAGAUGCCAUCACUGCUGUUCCCGCCACCGCCGCCACGGCCAUUGGCACUCGACUCCACUUCUUCAGCAUCUUCUUCUUUUGUGCCUCACCAUCCAUCCAUCACGAGCUUCCCAAUACUGGUGCUCACCGUCCUGGGCAUCCUCACCACCUCCGUCCUCCUGCUCACCUACUACAUCUUUGUCAUCCGCUGCUGCCUCAACUGGAACAGCAGCAGCUCCUCCGACACGCGGACGGCUGGCCUCAUCUCCCGCCGUCGACGCGGUGCCGCCUCCAGCAGCCUCCCGGCAGUGGCCGAGCCGCGUGGGCUGGAGGAGGCGGCCAUCCAAUCAUUGCCGGCGUUCAGGUACAGGAAGGCCAUCAAGGACACUACUGCUGAUUCCAGCGAGUGUGCAGUGUGUAUCAGUGAGUUCCAAGAAGAGGAGAGGGUCAGGCUCCUGCCCAGCUGCCUCCAUGUCUUCCAUGUUGACUGCAUCGACACUUGGCUCCAGGGCAACGCCAACUGUCCACUCUGCAGGGCAGCCAUAGCCACCAACGACAGCCAGCUUCCAUUGGAUCAGUUCGUGAGACCUGAGGUGGUAGUCAUUCAGGUGAUCACUGGCGCGGAAGAAGAAGGUGCACAAGCACCACAGCAGGAGGCCAAUACGGCAGCUUCUGAUCCUGCAGUAGAUGCUACUAGUACAAAUCAACAGGUCAGUAGUAAGAAGACGAAGAACCAGAAUGCAUGGCAUGUCAGCAUCAGUAAGGGAGAUGAGUGCAUUGCAGUGAGGAGGGACAGAAAUGUUCUUCCAUUGAGGAGGUCCUUCUCCAUGGACUCACUGGGUGGUGCUGGAGAGGUGCAUUUGCAGAUUCAGAAUAUUCUGCAGAGGAGCACCCACUUCCACAGGGAUAUCAGUGACAGCAGCAGCAGCAGCACUGGAACAUUGUAGGGAUUACUAUGCCUGCACAUUCUAUGGCCAUGUUCUAUGCGAAUUCUUUUGGUGGUCUUGUUCACCAAUUUUUCUUUUCUUUUUCUGCAAAAUGCAAUAUUACAUGUCAAUUUUUCUCUAAUGGACACCUAUAACAUGGUUUGUGUGUGUCCGAAA